AUGGUUCUUGAAUUGUUAUUGAAUCAUGUAUAUGCUUUUGACAAAUUCAAAUUCGAUGUGGUUUUAUGGUGCAAGGCUGGAGUUAACAAUCUGAACUGGUUGUUUGUGGUGAUGUUGCUCCCUUUUACGACGGUUAACUCUGGGAAGUUAAGUGCGACUACAACUUGCUUCAGAAUGGUAGUAGAGAAGGGAAAGCGGCAGCGACAGCUGCCUGCAUUUUGUGUUUUGUUUUUAUUCCAUGAUGAAUUGGUGAAUGGGUGGAUUGAUGGGCUGUUUUGGAAUGAGAUGAAACAAGGCAUCAAUUUCCUUACGAUGCAAUUGAAAUUUGUACUUUUUGUAACGUUUCUUUGA